AUGUCUCAACAAUCUACUAAUGCCCAUAUUUAUAUUUAUAUGCUUGAACAAGGAUAUCGGGAUGCGGCUAAAGUAUUUAAAAAAGAAGCAAAAGUUGAUUAUGAUGCUGAGACUAGUUGUAUAGAGUGUAUUUCUGCAUGUUCUUCACAAUCAUUAGAAAAGAAAGAAGAGAUUGUAAGAAAAUCUAGUUUAUUACAAGACACUAAAAAGCCAGUAAUUAAAACUGAGAAAGAAAAAAAAAAAGACAAAAAAGUAUCGAAAAAAGAAGAUGAAAAGAAAGUAUCAGAAAAAUCAACACCAAAGAAAGAUGAAAAUAAACCAAAAAAACCAAAAAAUGCUUAUUUAUUAUUUUCAUCAGAAAAAUACCCUCAAUAUAAGAAACAGUUCCCUGAUUUAAAAAUAUCAGAGAUUGGUAAAAAAAUAGGGGUCGAAUGGAAAGAAUUACCUGAAGAACAAAAGAAAAAAUAUAUCGACCAAUAUUAUGCGUCUAAAGCAGAGUAUAAUGACAAGCUAAAAGAAUAUGAUGCACAAACACUAAAUACUGAAGAUAAAAAAGAAAAGAAAACAAAAAAAGUAACAAAGAAGGAAGAUGAAAAGGCUACAGAAGAAAAAAAACCAAAGAAAGUUGAAAGUAAGAAGGAAGAAAAAUCAAAGAAAGUUGAAAUUAAAAAAGAAGAAGAUGAAAAACCAAAGAAGGUUGAAAUUAAAAAAGAAGAAGAAAAAAAAGAAAAGAAACAUUCAAAGAAAACAGAUGAUAAGAAAAAAGAAGAAAUAAAAAAGAAUGAAGGAAAGAAAGAAAGUGAUAAAAAAGAAGAUACGAAAAAAGACAAGAAAGCGAAGAAGUUGGAAAAGAAAGAGGAUGAAAAAAAACAUGAAAAGAAAGAGGAAAAAACAGAAGAAAAGAAACCUAAAAAACCUGAAAGUGAAAAAGAAGAAAGUAAAAAAGAAAAGAAACAUUCAAAGAAAACAGAUGAUAAGAAAAAAGAUGAAGAGAAAUCAAAAAAGGUUGAAGACAAGAAAAGUAAAAAACAAAAAAAGGAUGAUUCAAGUUCAUCUGAUGAAGAUAUGAAUACUGUUCUUCUUAAAAUUCAAAAAAAAAUAAAAUCGUAA